AUGUCGAGAGAUUAUGGAGUCAUCGGCCUCGGCAUCAUCGGCUACGGCAUGGCGGGGAAUUUACGAAAGAAGCUGCCACAGAACAUAACUCUCUACGUAUUUGAUAUCAACAAUGGAGUUAUCCAGCGGCUAAUUGAGGACUUCGGAUCGUACGGAAAAAUCGAAGUUACAUCAUCCGCCAAAGAUCUUGCGUCUAAAGUCGGAAUCGUUCUAUCCAGUCUGCCUGCCGGUCCUCACGUACGAAAGGUCUAUCUGGACCCCAAACAGGGGGUUAUUGCAGCUCUCAAAAACCCGGAUCGACUGUUGAUUGAAUGCAGCACUAUUGAAAUUGAAUCGACUCAAGAGAUCGGAACAAUGAUCAUCGAUGCCAGAUUGGGCACCUUUGUUGAUGCUACCGUGUCAGGCGGGAUGUGGGUAGGUAAGCGGAUCUUCGAAACCCUCUCGCUUGUUGGGGUUCCGGACACAAUUGCAUUCUGUGGUGGUCUUGGCAUGGGCCAGGUGGCCAAGAUCGCCCAUAACUAUAUCACUCUAGCGAACAACUUGGUCGCUUCCGAGGGUAUGGCUAUCGGCCUGAAAUACGGCAUCGAUAAGAAGGCGCUUUUCAAGUGUAUCAGGGAGGGUACCGCCAAUUCGAGGGUGAUGGGUCUGGAGCAGCCAGUUCCUGGUCUAGUACCCGAGGCCCCAUCCAGCAACAACUAUAAAAGGGCAUUCGCACCUGCAUUGAGUGUCAAGGAUCUCACUAUUGGGAUUAAUGCCGCGAAGAAAGUCGGAAUCAAUCCCAGUGCAGGUGAAGCUGCCAUUGCGGCCUUCCGAGAGGUUGAUGCCGACCCUCGUACGCAUGAUCUGGAUCACACUUCUCUUUGGUUGCAUGUCUUCGGAAACAUCGAUGAAUGGACCAAAGAGCACCCGCAACUGUAG